AUGCACCAUAUUCGAAGCAGAUUGCGAGACGUGUCUCGAACUCCCAGAAUUCUCCUGCCACUUGUGGUUUUGGCCCUGAUAUGUAUUUUCGGUACGCGGAGAAUUCGUGAAGUCUCUCGCGAAGGUGUCGAGCGACAAAUUGUAAGGCAGCAUGGAGGCACUUAUGGCAUACCGAAAGAUCCUACACCAAGCAUCAAUUUGGUUAUUGCCGCGACGUCCAAGGAGGACUAUUCAUGGGUGAAGAAACUCAAAGUCCCCAACCUGAAGGUCUUGCCAUACAUUGCAGAUAAUUACAGUGCCGCGUACCACACCAAGAUGAACAAGGGACACGAGGCCAUGAUUUACCAUCAAUAUUUUUAUGACUUCUAUGAUGAUUUGCCCGGCUGCUCUACCGUCCUCAACACCACUGCAGGUGAGAAAAGUCCUGCCGGAAUACCAGAGCAGCGGGUCAUGCAGGACUCAUUUCGCGCCAACUUCGAUAUAUACGACAUACCCGAAUCUCUGGCGAGUCCAUGUUGUAGUCAGAUUGUGGUCGUGAGAGAAGUCAUACAGGCCGUGCCAAGAACACAGUACAAUCGCCACAUUGAGUGGUUACUCAAAACUGAUUUGAAGGAUAAUCUUUCCGGUAGAGUUUGGGAGCAUAUGUGGCAUUACUUAUUCCUGCACAAAACAAUCGAUUGUCCCAUCGAACACCUAGCCUACUGUCGACUUUAUCACAUAUGUUUCGGGGGUAAAGAAGCCUACGAAGAAUGGGUUGGGCUAAACGAGGGAAGGGAAAGUCUGGAACGCGAAUUGAAGAAACUCGACGAAGCGGCUAAGGAUGAGAAGGGUAAGGGCAAAAGUAAUAAGAAUUCGACAAAGGGCAGCGACAAGUCAUCGGAGAGCAACAGUAUCAAAAAAGCAAAAGAGGCAACGAGGAAAUCGCUCAUGGAACAAGUAAGCUCAUUGAAAGAAAUCAUCAGGAUCCAAAAGGAGGUCGCGGUAGCCCGGGGUCUGGUCGAGGCUAAUCGUGAUGCGGAGGGUGAUGUUGAAUCUAUGGAUGCAAGUAAUGUGGUUGAUCAGGAAUUGAUCGUUUAG